GAUAGUGCUCGCGUUUCGGGCUCGCGGACGAACGAACGUGAGAACUUAUCUCGUGCGUGGUACCGAACAGCGCCAAGCGACAUGAGACGACGGAACAACGGUUCCACUUGCUUCUGCCAGGCAUCGUCGGUCAAGAGAGGUGGCCGUAACGGAUGCAACGAGACUGAGGCGAACGAGCCACCGGGAUGGUGCAUCUACGCGGCGGUCGCGCUUGUUGCGGUUGGCUGUUAUCUCAAUGCGCUCGACUGCGACUUCGUGCACGACGAUAUACCGGCGGUGGUGAGGAACAGGGACGUGAUCGGCGAGGCAUCGUGGAGCAGUGUGCUCAACGACGAUUUCUGGGGUACGCCGAUGGAGAGCAUCAAUAGUCAUAAGAGCUAUCGACCUUUCACCACUUUGACGUUUCGGUUGAACUACUUGAUGGCGGGAUUGAGUCCCAUGUGGUAUCACGCCACGAACGUCGCCUUACACGCCGCUGCGUGCAUCUUAGUCACCAGAGUGAGCCUCGUGGUAGCUGCACUUCGGCCGGGAUUCGCAGCGCUCGCUGGGCUGCUAUUCGCCGCACAUCCUGUACACACGGAAGCGGUGACUGGCAUCGUAGGCAGAGCGGAUGUUCUAGCGUGUAUCUUCUUUUUGCUGUCCUUUCUUGCCUAUCAUGGCCAGCAGACGGCUUAUGUAUGGUCCAGCGUUUGCUUGGGUGCCCUAUCAAUGUUGGCGAAGGAAACUGGCGUUACUGUUCUGGCACUAAACCUUCUUUACGAUCUCUGUCGUUCCUGGCAUUCAAUCAAGAGGUCUAUUUUCGAAGCCAAGUGGAACGACGAUUCUAGAUAUUUUUCCAAACGUGCUGCAGCGUUACUCGUUUCGUUUAGCAUACUUCUUGUGGUACGGCUCGCUCUACUUCAUGGUACUUUGCCGAACUUCUCCGCGCAGGAUAAUCCAGCUGCUUUUCAUCCCUGUUUCCACGUCAGAUUGUUGACUUUUUGCUACUUGGCAGCGUUGAAUUGUUGGUUGCUGCUGUGUCCGGCUAUACUCUCGCACGAUUGGCAAAUGGGAUCUGUUCCUUUGGUUACAUCUUUUACGGAUACCAGAAAUCUGGCCACCUGUAUAUUCUUCGGCGGUUGUCUGGUUCUCACGUACAAAGCCUUUACGGAUUUCGAGCAACAAAGGCAUCCGCCUCUUGUUCUUGGUUGGAUGUUCCUGGUGCUGCCGUUCCUACCUGCAUCCAAUCUUUUUGUCACUGUGGGUUUUGUCGUGGCUGAACGGGUUUUAUAUACACCAAGUGUUGGGUGGAUUAUUUUGGUUGUCUACGGCAUGCAGGUGAGCUGGACCGCUGUACCACGACGGAAAAGCUGGAUCACUACAGGCGUAGUUCUCUUAUUCGGUUUAGGAUGUUUUAGAACGAUUCUUCGGAAUAACGAUUGGACAUCUAGAGAAACUUUAAUCAAAGCGGGACUGCGGUCUCUACCCUACAAUGCCAAGAUGCAUUACAACUUCGCAAACUUCCUUAAAGACACGUCGCAGCCGAACCUUGCGGUUCACCAUUAUCAGUUGGCUCUUUGGCUUUGGCCAGGAUAUGCCAGUGCACAUAAUAAUCUUGGAACUCUCACGAUAGACGAUCAAGCGGAAUAUCAUUUUCUAGCAGCUAUUAAUGCUCAACCUGGCCACGUAAAUGCUCAUUAUAAUCUCGGACGAUUGUACAGAAGAACGAAUCGAACUGAACAGUGUAUUGAGAUGUUGAGAAGAUGCGUGUCGCUGGACCCAGCAUACGCACCGGCAUUUAGGGUUCUAGCGAGAAUCGCUACCGGUCCUGCAACAGGCGAGCUCCUGAGGCACGUUAUUCAUCUUCAACCACGAAACCCGGACGCUCUCGCUGAGUAUGCUUACUGGUUAUACAAGAACGGCAAAUGGUUGCCCUCACUCCGAUACUAUUUCAAAGCGAUGGAGAUCUUUCCGUCGCACAAACCGUCGCUUAUUGGUACGCUCAGGAUUUUGAGGUCGCGAGGUCAGUGGUCUAGAGUACAUCAGCUCAUCAUCAGAUGGCAUUUAAUGUUACGAGCGAAACGAGGAGGCUUCAUCUAUCGCGGGGACUUGUAUAUCCGUGCGUGGGAGUUACAAAGCGAGUCUCGUCAAAGGACUCAUCAACAUCAACGGAAUCUCUGUAUAUCGGAGAAUGGAUGUUCGAGGCCGCGCGUGGCCAGCGUGUCGGUGCAACUCGAACAAGACAGCAACAAGUCGGAACAGCUGCAACGGACGCCGCGUUGUAAUGUGCGUGCUUGCAGGCAGCCAAGAAAAGGGAAGACGCGUGUAACCGCGCCCACCCUGCUCGUGCAGAAUUUUCUGGAGACGCUUUAGUCCGCCCCGAUUAGGGAACGGGUCUACCUCCUGCUCGUUCGCCAGUUGAAAACAGGCCGUGAAAGAUGAAGGAAGAAGCGCGAUAACUCCGACCGCGUAGCAGCCUCGUCCGACGAUCGUCAGCGACGAAGAGAGUCCUAUUAUAGUGGAAUGCCUGAAUAUUUUUCGUAUGCUGUGUUUGUGUGCUAUCUAGGACCGCAAGCCCGAUCUGUCGCGGAUCAAUCACGAUAACAAAAUCUAAGAAGGUACGCAUAUAUCGUUAUCGUUUAUAUAUAUGUGUCCUCGCGUUCUUCGUGGCAUCCUGUUUAUCCUGUCGAUCGGACAGCGACGAUGCGAGUCGCGGUCUCUUCGAAAAAAUAAAGUCGCUAAAUAAAAAAAAAAUAAAGAAACAGAUGCCUGCUCCGUAGAUAACUUUGGCUUCGAACGUGAAUAAAGCGUUCUGAAAUCGUUCGCCAGGACAAAUGACAAUGUGCGCUAAUGGUGAGAAUCGAAUGCUAGAAUUAAAUUCCUUGAAAAUUAUUUUGCCACUUUUAAAUUCAAUAUAAGAAUAUUUGACGAGAGAGGACCAAGGGAGAUUCGAGCGAUUAACUGUGUGCGACGAACGAUUAUAGCAAGUUGAUUAAACGCGUACCUAAUCAGAUAUGACAUAGAGCCGUAUGCGUUCAAGCGUGUAUCUACCUAUACUUUUGAAACGUGAUAAUUGUAAUUGGUAAUAUAGUUACAUGUAGUACGACGUGUUUCUAUAAAUAUUUGCUGUAUCUCGUGUGUGCUUUCAACGUUUUUACGAUGUCCGUUUCGGUGCAUCGAUAAAGCUGCCGUUGUGUAUGUAAUACCAGAAAGACGAAGUAUUUCAACAGUAUAAAAAAUUGAGGAUUGCAUUUGUGAAAAAUAUCUCGACAAAAAAAUUUCAUUCGACAAGUUAGCGAAACUACAAUCAUCUCAAAAAUACUUAAUAUGAAUGGUUACCAUCAUAUUAAAAAUAAA